AUGUUUUUAUUCCGGCAGGUUUUGCGCUGUAAUGUUCUACGCGUGGGAAUGCCAGUCAAUAAGCUACUUUUCAAGACCACCUUAAAGGCUGUGCACUCUAACAGCGGUUCUAGUGACAACGUCUACAUCUUAUUCUCUGUGAUGUUGAGACUUCCCGUAUUGCUUUCCAAGAAGAACAUCUUCCGACGGAACGUGGUUUUUACCACUGAGCAUGAAAAGGAGAACAGAAAUUUUCACCUGCUAAAUUCAAGGUACUCCAUGAGAAUGGAUGUGCUGUCCCGGGAUAUCAAACGUUAUUUCCUCGGAGAAAGCUAUUCGGGCAUUGUUCGUCCUCGUGCACUUUUCACGGUUCAUUUGACAACAACGCUAGCCUACUGGAUCGCACAACAGCAGAAUGUUGAACUCGGUCAUGGGCUGCCUGAGAGUUCUCUGUGA